AUGCAACUUAACGAACAAUUAGUUCAAGCUUGCCAGUUUUAUCCUCUAACUGAAAACCGUCGAUUCGAACGAGUAUCAGAAAAUAUUCCAGUAGAUCAAGAGAUUUUUCGUUUGCAAGUGUUUCCAAGACAGAGGUUCGAGAUUGAGGCAGUUGAUAACAGCCUCAGUGACAUCCAAUAUUUCAAGUACGAGGAAAUAGAUCAACAUUCUGUGGCUAUCAAAGUUGCCAAAUCGUUAGACGAUUUGGUGGAUAGGAGUGAGCCACACAGUGUUUUAAAGUUCAAGUUAACAUGCAAAGGAGACAGUGGCACGGAAGAGGUCUUCCUGCCCGUUACAGUGUAUAUUGAAGAUAUCAACGAUCAUGCCCCGCAGUUCGAAAACACGCCCUAUCAUUUAGCUGUAGACGAGCUAACUCCCGUAGGACUGACAAUUUUUCGAGGGAUUCACGCAGUAGAUCGUGAUAAGCCCAAUACUGCCAAUUCGGAUGUUACCUAUUCCAUCGUGGGUGGAAACGAAGAAAACGCUUUCGUUUUGUCUGACCCAAUAGAAGGCAUUCUUGUUGUUAACAAACCUUUGGAUUAUGACCAUGGAAUUCGCGAAUUCAAACUACAUAUUCAGGCUACAGAUCACGGAAGUCCCCAAAGCUUGAGUACAGUCACAACCAUGACCAUCAAGAUUAAGGAUGCUGAUGACCAGAACCCAGUUUUUACGCAUGAACUAUAUACAGCUCACGUAACAGAAACCCCAGUUAUAACAGGCGCCACCAGACGACAGAAAAUCAAGGUUGAUCCACCGAUUCACGCCUACGACCUAGAUGCUGGCAUUAAUGCCCGAAUGCGGUAUAAAAUUAUUCUAGGGAACGAUGAAGAACUAUUUUAUAUUCACGAACAAACUGGAGAACUCUUCCUGGUCAAAGAAAUUGAUCUAGAAAAUCUCAUUAGCCCUGUCAUCAAUCUCCAGAUUCAAGAAAAGUAUACAGAAUCUCUAUGUGGUCGAGUGACAACAGCCACUGUCCUGGAUUACGAAGAAAGACAGACAUACGAUCUUCUCAUUCAGGUGUCUGAUGGACAAAAUAUGGCAGUGUCUCCGCUGUCUGUGAAAGUGGUAGAUAUCAACGACAAACAGCCUGUGUUUACCCACAAUUACUAUAACUUUUCUGUAUUUGAAGAAUUACAAGAAAAUGUUUCAGUGGGAACAGUAUUGGCUGUUGACGGAGACACUGGAAAAAAUGCCGAAGUCCGUUAUAGUAUCAUCGGCAACAAAGCCAGCUCUUUCUUUCACGUCGACCAACAAGGAAAUAUUCUUACAAGAAGAAGCCUAGAUAGAGAAACUGAUAUAAAAGUGGAGUUUCUGGUAAUUGCUUUUGAUAGAGGAAUUCCCCAAUUGAGCGGUACUGCGACAGUUUUUGUGAGAGUGGACGACAUCAACGAUAAUGCACCCUAUUUUGAAAGGGAGUCUUACACUGUUCUGGUGCCUGAGGAAAGGGAGCCACCUUACAAAGUAUUCGAAAUGAACGCUGCUGAUAAAGACAAAGGAGACAAUGCCAUUAUCAAGUACAGCAUUGUGCAGGGAAACGAUCAUCAGACUUUCGAAAUAGAUGAAGACAGAGGCAUAUUAUACACAGCUGACAAGUUAAACUAUGAAGAUCAACAACAGUACACCAUCCAAAUAACAGCCAGAAAUCUGAAAGCUUUCCAAGGACCCCAAGCAUCCACAAUUGUUAACCCUGUUGUAGAGCUGAUAGUCAAAGUUCAAGACAUUAAUGAUGGUGCAGUCGUUUUCACGAUGGCUUCCUACCACUACGGAAUCUUGGAGACAACUUCACGUGGCAAAACUGUGGGUUUUGUGAACGCGACGAAUUUCAGCCGAGCUCCUCGAGAUCAAGAUAUAAUUUACUGGGUCGGCAAGGGAAACGAAAUGGGGAAGUUCUGGUUAAAUCCUGCCACUGGAGCUCUGGUGUUGAUGGACACUAUUGAUAGAGAUCCUCCUGCUAACCAACAAUACUUCAAACUUGAGGUGUUCGCUCGUGACACUCUUUCCAUCAAUUCCUUCAACACUAGUGUUGAGGUCAAAAUUGAGGUUAUUGACGUAAAUGACAACGUACCAGUGUUUGAUGAAGAAAACUACUCUUUAGAGCUCCCAGAAAAUCUUUCUCCCGGCACACAACUUCCACCAUUCUACCGAGUUCUCGAUAUUGACGCUGGUAAUAAUGGAAACAUUGAAAAAUAUUACACCAAUGGUUCCAAGGAUACGUUUGUGGUCAACAGAACAACAGGGUCAGUGAUCUUGGUGUCGUCACUAGAUUACGAAGUACGUGACCAAUAUAAAUUUACAGUAUUUGCAGAUGAUGGUGGAAAUCCUCAACGUACAGGCUCUGCGACUGUUGUCAUCAAAGUUCAAAACAUUAACGAAUACACUCCUGAAUUUGUGGGCUUGCCAUACGACUUUUGGGCAGAAGAAAAUGCCAUAGCUGGAACGGGUAUUGGACAAGUAAAAGCCUUUGAUAAAGACCGGAAUAACAUUUUCUACAGCCUUUCAAAGGGUGAUACGGAUUUUUUUGGGAUUGAAGAAGACACAGGAAGAAUAUAUGUAAAGUCAGACCUUGUCUCAAGAACGCAGUACAGUUUAAUUGUUCAGGCAACGGAUGACGGAGAACCACAAAACAACAGCUUAGGAGUGACGGUCAACAUCUUCGUUCGUGAGGUCAACGACCAUGCUCCCAUAUUCUCUCAGAAAACCUAUAAGGGAUUCGUUACGGAAAAAGAAGCAACAAAUAAAGUUAUUAUACAGGUUGCAGCCACAGACAGGGACCUCCAGAACAACACAGUGACAUACAGUAUUACAAGUGGUAACGAGGAAGGAGUUUUCUAUAUUGAUGCUAUAAAUGGAAAUAUUCGAGUAAACAGAUCCUCAGCCCAUACAUUGGACUAUGAUAAAAAGAAAAACUACGUAUUGUUGGUGCAAGCGAAAGACUCUCAUGCUAGCCCUCUUUUCGGAUUGGCUACCGUGGUGAUCGAUAUCCGGGAUACCAAUGAUCAUCCGCCAGUGUUUUCAAAACCUGCUUAUUCAGUAUCUUUCCAAGAAAACCUUCCUGCUGGAUAUUGUUUUUUAACGGUAAAGGCAGACAGCAGGGAUUCUGUUGACGAAAUGAAAUUUGCUCUAGACAACAAAAACAUACCAUUCGUUAUAGAUUCCAGAUCAGGAGAAGUUUGCACUAAAGAAGUGUUGGAUCGGGAACAAAAAACAUCAUACGAGUUUUCUUUGUUCGUCUUUGAUGGAAAAUUUGAGGCAAGAGCUCCUGUUACUGUCGAAGUGUUAGAUGAGAAUGAUAAUGCUCCGAAAUUUGAAAAAACUCACUAUGUUCUCAACAUCCCUCAAGAAUCCAAGGUAGGGAGAUCUAUUAUUCAGAUUCAUGCGUCAGAUCCAGAUGCAGAUAACAACGGAGAAGUGACCUAUUGGAUUAAAAACACACACGGUCUUUUUGAAAUUGACCCUCAAAGCGGCCUCGUUCGCUUGGCAUCAACGUUACCGAACUACGUAGAGAAAAACACUUCUUUUGAAAUGGAAGUAUAUGCUCAGGAUCACGGGAUAGGCUCCAAUAUUGGUAAAGCAUCUCUAAUCAUUCGAAUAUCAAACAUACAAAAUCAUCAGCCGGAAUUUGACCAAUUUGCUUAUAUGGUAGCCGUUGAUGAAAACGUGGACAACAUAGUUUUGUUGACCGUACAUGCCACAGAUACUGAUAAAGGAAAAGCUGGAAACGUUGUAUAUAGAAUACUGAGAGCCACGCGAAGACAAGUCUUUAGGAUUGACCGUCAAACGGGGGCAAUUCUUUUAGUCAGCCCUUUAGAUUACGAAGACAUAAAGUAUUUAGAACUAGUUGUGGAAGCCAGAGACAAAGCCAACGAACCUCAAUUUUCAACGGCAAUUGUUCAGAUUACUGUAAACGAUGUGAAUGACAAUGCUCCCGUUUUCCUUUCACUCCCUCGAUUUCUACGAGUGCCACUAUCGACCUCCCCGUCUGAAGUCAUUUACAAGGUAGAAGCUGUGGACAAAGACAGCUCUGUAGCAGGAAAUAACAAAAUAAACUAUGAAAUUUCCCCUCCUAGUCCGCUUUUCACGAUUGAGUCCAACACUGGUCAGAUCAUACCAAAGCAGUCUCUCUCCCCCAUCAUUGAAACGUUGAAUAUUGUGGCGUACGACAGCUCUACUGUGCCUCUUAGUAGUUCCACACAAAUUGUAGUUGAAGUUUACAAAGACAGCAUCACUGAACUCACCCCUGUAUUUACUUCAAUCCAAUAUUCAACAGAAGUGGACAAUGUUUUGGAACCAGGAGAAACCAUCAUGAGAGUACGGGCUGCUGUACCCAAUGGAGACCUCGUUUGGUACAAUAUCACAAAGUCAAACGGAGGAAAAGUGAAAGAAUUCUCCAUUGAUUAUGAAACGGGAAUUAUUGUAACAACAAGCAAGCUGGAUGUCCAGGAAAGUGCCCUGUAUCACUUCUUAGUAACUGCAACUAAUCAAAAUGAUCCACGUCGUGUAGCCGAAGCUGGGAUGAUUGUUCGAAUGUCCGACAGGAACAGUAAAUGUCCAAGCUUCCCGUUUUCAGAGUACUAUGCCACAGUAAAAGAAAACACCCCUCCAGAUUCAAUAGUGCUUCCGAACAUUCAAGUUGAAGACGCAGAAAAACAUCGAAAAGUUUCUUAUUCUAUAACGGAGGAUAAUUCUCUUGAAAACUUCUAUGUUGAUUCUCGAAAUCCACUUAGUGUUUUUAUAAGAGUCAAAAGACCGUUGGACAGGGACACAAUGCCACCGAUCUUACAAGGAAUUUAUACCUUAAUGGUCACGGCCAGUAAUCAAAGAUGUGCUAGUUCUGUUAAGGUUAAGAUUCUCGUGGAAGAUGAAAAUGACAACGAACCUGUAUUUGAGAAACAAGGGUAUAUAGUGGAAGUAAAAGAAAACACGCGCAGGGAUCACGUGGUCACCCAACUUAAAGCUUCUGAUAGUGAUGAAAUAGACAGUGGAAAGUUGCGCUAUUUUAUCAUUGAAGGUGAUCCUAAUAACGAGUUCCAGAUUGAUGAAAAAACAGGCGUGGUCUCUAUACAAGUUCCACUUGAUCGAGAAAAUACUCCGGCUUACAUGUUGAGGAUUCUUGCUGUAGACAGUGCUAACAAUACCGGUUUAACAAGUCUUCAUGUAGUUGUAUUGGAUGAAAAUGAUUGGAGUCCUGUUUUUUUCAACGACACUUUUGUGCUAAAUGUCACUGAAGGUCCUGCUAGUGUGGGAGUAGGAAUUCAACUUUAUGUAGUGGACAAUGACGAAGGAAAGAACGGAGAGAUGGAGGUUUACAUUGAUGAAGGGAACAGCAAUGGAAUAUUUCGUCUAGGUGUGAAAGAAGGAAAAGCGGUUUUAUCUAUAAGAAAGGAGCUUGACAGAGAGAACUAUGAUGUCCAGGAUUUUGCUACUCAUCUUGUUAAGGUUGCAGCAAAAGACAUGGGUAUACCUUCCCGCACAGGAACGGCCCAGGUCGUUGUAUUAAUACAGGACAUUAAUGACAACCCACCUCAAUUCGAGAAAGAAGUUUAUUACCAGUUCUUAUCUGAGAGUGUUCCUGUUGGCACUGUGUUUGAAACCGUGAAGGCUACAGACGCAGAUACAGCUAACAACACCAACUUAAAGUAUUCGUUUGCUCAGAAGCACAAACACAUACCUUUUGAGAUUGACCCUGCUUCCGGCACUAUUAACAUCACGCGACAGCUGGAUGUUUCUGAAGCACAAGAAUACACACUUACAUUAGAAGUUUUUGAUGGUCAAUGGAAAGGAAUAGCUGUUCUGAAAGUUAUUGUCAGUGAAGCAGAAGAGCGAGACCCAAGGUUUAAUCAACAUCAUUAUAAUUUUGCCGUUCUGGAGAAUACAGCUGGAGCAUUGGUUGGUCAAGUGAAGUUGAAGCCCAGAAAACAUCGUCUCAACACCGAAACUGUUUACAUCAUUGUCAACUCUGAUGUCAAAAAGUUGUUUAGCAUCACCGAGGAUGGCCACAUCUUCACCAAAGUUGGGCUAGACAGGGAGACACGAAGUAAACAUACAUUUACUGUGAUGCUAGAAGAAAGGAGACCCUCUUCCAAAGUGAGUAUUAGUGAGGUAUCUGUGGAGGUAUUGGAUGUCAACGAUCAAAUUCCGACCUUUCUACAAUCAUAUCAAGGCUCUAUCAAAGAAAAUGUGCCUUCAGGAACACCAGUGAAUAUACAUCCCCUGGUUUCGGCCGUAGACAACGACAGCGGGAACAAUUCUGUAAUUCACUACUCUUUAAGUGGACAAGGAAGCGAACUUUUCCAUAUUGAAGACAAUGGAGUUGUUCUUUUUCUCCCAAAAGAUUCCCAAGUGGUCUUAGACAGAGAGAAGAAUGAGUUGUACAAGCUUCAAGUCAUUGCCACAGACUUGGGAAACCUGAGUUCCUCGACAUUUCUAACCAUAAGAGUUGAAGACGAGAAUGAUAAUGCUCCACGUUUCCAGCAUGGUCCUCUAUUUGUUAAACUUCCAGAAACUGCCAAACCUGGUUCCAAGGUAGUCGAAGUUACAGCUGUGGAUGCUGAUGCCACUGGAAUUAACUCUAAAAUUGAAUAUGUCAUCACUGCUGGUGGAAGUAACGACAUUAGAAUUGAUAGAAUAACAGGAGAGAUUUAUGUUGUAGGAUACUUAAGUCCUGAAACUUUCUACUUUCUCAAUAUUACCGCUGUGGAUGGGAAAGGACUUGGGAGUUCUACAUUUGUUAACAUUACUGUAACCGACGUGAACGACCAUCGACCAACCUUUGUCAAGCCAGAUUACAUGUUUAAGAUACAGGAGGGAGAUUUUCGAGAGCAACGGUGGAAGGUGGGUGUCCUUCACGCUGUGGACCAAGACACGGGGAAGAAUGGACUUGUCGAUUAUAACUUGAUGAUGGCUUUUAAUGAAGAUUUUCCGUUUGUGGUGGAUGUGCACACCGGUGAACUCUUCGUCAAAGGAGUUAUUGAUCGGGAAACACAGCCAUCUUUCAUAUUUGCUGUUAUGGCUUUGGAUUACGGAGAACCUCCAUUAAAUUCCACUGUAAAUGUCACUAUAGAAGUUCAGGAUAUAAACGAUGAACAGCCGAAAUUUCUAACAGAUCCGUAUCUUGCCGAAGUUCCUGAAAAUCAAGAUCCUGGUUUAAAA